AUGAAUAUAAAUUUGGAUACUGCAAAAGAUGUUUUUUGCAAAAAUAUUUUAAUUUAUGGAUAUUGUAAAUAUCAAGGAAAAGGUUGUGCUUUUAGUCAUAAUAAACAACAACAACAACAACAACAGCAAGAAGAUCAACAACAACCACAAACUUUACAAUCUGGAGUAUCCACAAAUUCAAAUGAUUCACUGGGUAGGAAAAAAUUUAAUUUUGAAGCAGCUCCAUCUUUCACAAGUGAAAAGAAUAUUAAUAAUUUAAGUACUAAAUUUUCAAAUUUAUCACCAAAUAUAAAAGAUGCACCAAUAUUUAAACCCGAUAGUAACCAACCAUCACAACAGCAAGACCAACAACAACAACAACAACAACAAUUUAAUCCAUAUCAAAAUCCAAUACAAUCUUCAAAUCUGAGUAAUCCAUAUGCUACAAAAAAAUUUAAUGUUAGUACUCCAUCAUUCACACCUUCAAGUUUUGAUUUUAAUCCAACUCCUCUGACCGGAAAUUUGAAUAAUUCAGCUCAAUCACAAAUGAAUUCACAACAACAAUUACCAAUACAAUCGAGUGGAUUUUCUCAUAUAGGUCCAUCAAGUGCAAGAUCAAUUGGAAAUAUUAUACAAAAUCAACAAAAUCAACCAUUAAACCCCUAUACUAAUUUGCCAUCACAUACAACUCCAACUCCUCCAAUACAAGCACAACCACCACCUCCACCUCCAUCACAUUUAUCACAAGCAAAUAUGAUGAAUCCAAAUUCAAUGCAAUCAUUUUUUUCAAAUCAACCACCAACUAAUAAUAAUGUAACAAAUCAAACUUCAGGUCCUAUAUAUCCAUUACAAUAUCAUUUAUAUGCACCAGCACCACCACCUCGACUAACUGUACCUAUAAAAGAUUAUGAAACUAAUUCCAAAAAAAUGUUUAUCUCUAAUGAAAUUAGAGAAAUUUUACAUCGUAAAAAUGAAGCAAGUUUACAAUCUUUACAUCAUCUGAAUUUACCUGAUCAUAUUAAUUCAUAUCAUUCUUUAGUUCCAAUAGAUAAAUCAUAUGAAUCAAAAAGUAAAAAUUGGCCAGGUUUUACAAGUUUAUUAUUUAAAUGUUAUUCAAAUGAUGAUGGAAAUUUAUAUGCUUUAAGAAAAAUAGAUCCUAGUAAUGAAAUUAUAAAUGAAUCACCUUUUAAAACUAUUAAAAAAUGGAGAUCAUUAAAUGAUAAUGCAAAUAUUGUUGCUUUAAAAGAUGCAUUCACUACUAUGGCUUUUAGUGCAAGUGGUUCCAAUAAUAUGGGGUUUGAUUCUGCUUCUUUAUGUUUUGUGUUUGACUAUUAUCCAAAUUCCAAGACUUUAUUGGAACAUCAUAAAAAGGGGUUGAGAGUUGAACCAAUUACUGAAAAAUUAUUGUGGAAUUAUUUAGUUCAAUUAGUAAAUGCUAUUAAAUCCAUCCAUUCUGCUAAGUUAAGUGCUGGUGCAUCUAUUAAUUUAAGUAAAAUUAUAAUUUGCAGUGAUUCAAGAAUUAAAAUAAGUAGUGGUGGGAUAAGUGAUGUUUUAAAUGACAUAAAGGGAAUACAUGAAGAUUUAAAUAUUGCACAAUUGAAAGAUAUAAAUAAUAUUGGGAAAGUUUUACUUGAAUUAGCUUCAACUUUGUUACCUUUAAAUUUAAGAUCAACUUCACAAGAAAUACUAAUUAAAAAUAUAAUAAAUUCAACAUCGAUAAGUGAAGAUUUUACAAAAGUUUUACAAAUUUUAAAUGAUUCAUCAAUAAUUUCGGAAACAUCAACUUUUAAUUUAAAUCAAUUUAUAAAAGAACAUCUUAUUGAACAUACUUUUACAACAUUAAAUGAAUCUCAAAAUACUAGCGAUUUUAUGGAAGUACAAUUAUCAUCAGAAUUAGAAAAUGCAAGAUUAUUUAGAUUAUUAACAAAAUUAAAUUUUAUUAUAAAUAAUAAUAAUUUUCAAUUAAAAAUUAAUGAUAAAAAUAAUCUCAAGAUUUUAAAAUUAUUUCAACAAAAUUUAUUUAAUUAUAUUGAUCCAAUGGGGAAACAUGUAAUAAAUUUACAUAAGAUUUUAGUUAACCUAAACAAAUUAGAUUGUGGAAUUGAUGAAAAAUUAUUAUUAAAUAAUAAUGAAGAAUUUAUUAUUGUUAGUUAUAAAGAAAUAAAAGAAAUAAUCGAUUUGCAAUUUAGAUUAUUAAGAAGUUGA